AUGUCUGGAAGAGGCAAAGGUGGUGGUAAAGUCAAGGGAAAGUCAAAGACCCGUUCAACCAGGGCUGGACUUCAAUUCCCCGUUGGUCGUAUCCACCGUCUCCUUCGUAAAGGCAAUUAUGCUGAACGUGUGGGAGCAGGUGCUCCAGUAUACCUCGCUGCUGUUAUGGAAUACUUGGCAGCUGAAGUUCUGGAGUUGGCCGGCAAUGCCGCUCGUGAUAAUAAGAAGACCAGAAUUAUCCCACGGCAUCUCCAACUUGCCAUCCGCAAUGAUGAAGAAUUAAACAAACUGCUCUCUGGUGUCACCAUAGCCCAAGGUGGUGUUUUGCCUAACAUCCAAGCAGUUCUCUUACCCAAGAAAACUGAAAAGAGCUCUUCGUAA